AUGGGUGGCGAUCUGAAUUUAAAGAAAUCAUGGCACCCAGGGCUGAUCAAGAAUCAAGAGCGCGUAUGGGCGCAAGAGAAGCGCGCGCUCGAGGAGCGCAAGCAAAUCGACCAGCUCCGACGGGAACGAGAAGAAGAGCGACAAAUCCAAGAACUUCAACGUCUACAAGAAGCCUCCGGAAAGUCGAAGGUGCAGAACCGCGUCGACUGGAUGUACCAGGCCCCGUCUAGCGCCACCGGCCACUACUCGGAGGAGAUGGAGGGAUACCUACUGGGAAAGCGACGAAUCGACGGAGUCCUGCUUAAGAAUGACGCCGAGACCAAGAAGCUGGAGAAGGGGUCGGAGGUUGUGGGUAAUGAUGCGGCGGCGGCUGGUCCAUCUGUUGGGUCAGCGCGCGAUACCAUGGCGAAGGUUAUGGCGGACCCGCUUCUUGAAGUGAAGAAGAGAGAACAGGCAGCUUACGAGGCCAUGGUGAAGGAGACUAUGAGACGCAAGGAACGAGAGGAGAAGCGCACCCAGGGAGGAGAUGGUACUCGCGACCGCGGGAAGGACCGCGACCGCCGCCAUCGGGAUCAUGACUCUAAGCGCAGACGGUACAGUGAUGAUGCAGGUGAUGAGAGCCGCGACAGACAUCACCGUCGGUCAUCUCCUCGUCGGCACCGAUCUAGAUCUCCACACCGAAGACAUAGGAGUGAGCGUGAGCGUGAGCGCGACGAUGAACGCCGCAGUGAUAACCGUGACCGGCGAAGUGAUGAUACGAGAUCUCGCCGGGAUGAUAGAGACCGUGGCCACCGUCGCGACCAGGACAAGAGAGAUUCAUCCUCUCGACAAGACCGCGACGACAGACGUGACCGGGACCGUGAAGGUGAUCGCUCAUCUCGUCGAUACUCUCGCUCCCCUCGCCCGUCUAAGGACCGCAGCGAACGCCCGCCUCCCACCGAGGAUCGUCGUCGUGACUUUCCCCGUCGUGACUUUCCCCGUCGUGAGUUUCACAACCAACGGGACUCUGGUCGUGAUAAUGAUGCACCUUCUUCUCGCCCCCCAGCCAACAAGCCUGACUCCAAGGAGGUUGAAGAAGAACGGCGCCGCAAGCUGGCAGAGAUGCAAAACAAUGCCGCCGAUAUGGAGGUCGAUCGACGCCAGCGGAUUACUGAUAUAACCGCGAAGGAGGAACAGCAGCAGGAAGCUGAUGAUCGCCAGCGUUCAGACCGGGGCAGGUUCAUGUCUGAUAUGCAUAAGCGUGUGCAAGAAGAUAGUCUCGAUGAGCGUAUCCGUCGUUCUCGUGGUGGACUCGAGAGGAUGGAUGAGGAUUGA